AUGACCUCCAGACCAGGUUCGAGAUGGAAUUUCCUACAGCAGGCUGUCGCAUCUGUCGAGUCGAGACUGGACGAUAUCCUCGCCGAAGAGAGUGAUCGUCCCAAACGGACGCUUACUCCCGCUCACAACAAGAAACCCUCCUCCGACUUGUCUCGAAGCAGCAGCACUGCCUCUGCCUCCAAUGAUCGGCUCCAGGAACGCCUCGCGCGAGCGAUGGCGAAGAAGAACGUUAGUCGUACCGAAAGUCCUGUCCCUCCCCAGGAACGAUUGUCAAGACCAGCUUCGCGAGGGGAAGAUGCGUCUGCUUCCCCCUCAGAUAUUGCGAAGGUUGGAGAUUCGUCCCUUCCGGAUGGCGUCCAGGCCGAUAUAGAGAUACGGACUUCCAGUGAAGUGGCCGAGAGACUGAAGCAGGAUGCUGGGGUGGACAAACCAACCUCAGGAGACACCGUUUUGGUUGAGCCGGAAUGCAGAACGGCAUCCACGAUUAUAGAACAGCCAGAUCCCAAUUCAGCACGACCUUCGACAGAAAUCCUAAAAGAUAACCGGACUAUGUCAAGCAGGCCGUCAGAAGAUAUGCAGAGAACUAGCGAAGAGAAUGGAUCAAGACCUAGUAAUGACGAGUCAACGGAAAUACAGGAUGAAAUGAAUGCCUAUCUCGAACGCAUCGAUGCACUCCGAAGAAAUCUUGAAAGACUAGGACAAGAAGUCGCUGAGUCAGCCCAAGAGGCUGCCGACUCUGCUAAGCAAGCUGCUGCCUCAGCGGAAGCAGGAAGCUUAGAGCAGAAGAUCUCUCGAAAGGAUGAGGAAAUAGCUGUCCUGAUUGAAGAAGGCACCAGAUGGUCAAAGACCGAAAUGGAUCUUCGGGGUAUGCUGAAGAAAGUUCGAGCCCAAGCAUUGACCAGUGCUAAAGAACAAGAAGCUGCAAGACUACGCGCAGACCGGGCUGAACGUGCCCUCAGAAUUAUGGAGGAUCGUGCAAGAAAGGCAGAGGCAAUAAGCAAGCGUGCAGAGCAAAAUCUCGCUGCAAAUACCAUUGCGACAAAGGACAUUGAGGCGAUGCGAAAAGAACGAGAUGCAUUAAACGCCACACUAGCGGAAAUCAAACUGCAACUGUCCAAAGCCAAUUCGCGGGCUGAAGCAGCUGAGAGCAAAGCACAGUCGGAGCAAUUGGAGAAAGAAAGACGGAAAAUCGUCGAGCUGCAGGAUGAUUUGACUGUUGCUAAAGUCGAGCGGGAAAUCUCAGAGGAGAAGCUGCGGAAGGAGAUCCAAAAUUUGCAAAGCGAACUGGAGAAGGAGAAAGAGCAGGCGCGUGCCAUGGAGAGCGAAAUGUUGAAUGAGCAGGCCGCUCUGGAAAGCAAGCUCGAGUCUUUCCGUGUUCGAGCUGAAGAAGCUUCCUCGGCUGACCACGGCCACGCACAAGCCAAACUCCUUCGACAGAUUGAGACAUUGCAGACUCAAUAUACCACUGCGAGCCAGAACUGGCAGGGGAUUGAGAGUUCCCUUCUCGGCCGGAUUACCAGUCUGGAAAAGGAGCGUGAUGAGCUUGUUGGGAGAGAAGCAGAACUACGGAAGAAAUUGCGAGAUGCUACGCUGAAGUUGAAGAACGCGGAAAGGGAGCUGGAUAACGCUCAAAGUAGCUAUGCGGACAUGGAUAAGUCGUUGGCGGAUGCGAACGAGGAAACGCGGCGACUACAACGAAAAGUGACCCAGCUUGAGACGGACCUGGCAAAUGUGUCGAAGGAACUCGAGGAGCAGAAGCGGAAUUCCGAGAGGGAAUUGCAACGGAGGAUCGACGAGGAGAAAUCAAAAUGGAUAGCGACUUUGCAUAUCCAACGCACAGAUUCCCCCGGGACAUCGGUCCGCAAAAGUUCAGGCCUUGGGUUCGACAUUAAUCAUCUCAUGAGCCCGAUUCAAUAUGAACGGGCCGGCAGUCGGCGACCCUCCAUCAUGCCCAACACAUUCGACUCAAACACUCCGCCUCAUCAACAGUCUACGACGUCUUUCCGGGGUCUCGCAAACGGCUCCAUUGCAGAGACGCCCUCUGUGGCGAUGUCCCUGGACCCUGAUGAGUAUUUUGCCAACGUUCCACCCACGCCCAUGACCACAAGCCACCACUCACAACGCGGUGGCUUGAACGAUCUUAUCUCCACUUCAACAGUUGGCGCUGGCCCUUCUGUGCAGCUGGUGGAACGCAUGUCGGCCAACGUUCGUCGACUCGAAAGCGAAAAAGCCGCUUCCAAAGACGAGCUCGCCCGCCUCACCACCCAACGCGAUGAAGCAAGGCAAGAAGUCGUCAGUCUGAUGCGCGAGGUCGAGGCGAAGCAGAAGAUCGAGGAACGGUUAGAGGCGCUCGAGAAAGAGCAUGCCAGUCUAAGUGCAAGGCACCAGACCACACUUGAAUUGUUGGGGGAGAAGAGCGAGCAGGUAGAAGAGCUGAAGGCCGAUAUCGUUGAUGUGAAGCAGAUGUAUCGACAGUUGGCGGACACGAUGAAAUGA